AUUUCUCGCUUAUGCUAACAAUUUAUUAAAUAUUGAUUUAAGCUUACAAUGUUAUGAUAGACAUCACACCGAUGUUUUCCUUUUCAUGUUUACAUAGGUUUUCUUCCUUCCUUGAAGUUACAAAUUUAUCGUUAGAGACACGUAAAUGUUAGAUAAGUUUUUCUGUUCAAAUCUUACCGUCAAUAUCACUAAACAAUUCAACUUUUAUCAUGUUAAACGACAAUUAUUUUAUUCGUGUUUGUAUGUUAUUGUAUGACAACUAUAUUAUAUUAUGAUGGUCACAUAGGAUGGCCGAAUGGAUGGGAUGAGGGAGAGAGAGGGAGGAAAGGAAGAUAAAAAGGAUGGAUAGAGAGUUGAAAGGUAGACAGAAGUACAGAACCCACUAAGUUGUGUGGGUUUUGAAACGAUCUCUCCUCAUUUGUUUAAACCUUUUUCUCAAACACUUUUAUCAUCUCUUUUGUCAGACCCCUCAAUUUCUUGCCAUUAGUUCCAAUACCUUCUCCCCACUUUCAUAUUGCUUUUUUCUAAACCUUGAAUAAAAUAAUUAUAUUAAGGUGUGUUUUUCUUCAGUGAAAUUUCAUUCAUGGAUACCUUGUUAAGGUUGGUCAAUGAUCUUGGAUCCUCUGAUCAAUAUUCUUAUAACAAUAAUUCAAGCAGCAGCUCAAAGAAUUCUAGUGAUCGAAAUCAUUAUAAUUACUAUCUUCAAAACCCACAAUCUCAAGAAUGUUUCAACAAUUCGUUCAUGGAGGAUGAAGAUCAUUUCUCUGCAUCCUCUUCUUCAAGUCACCACCACCACCACCAACUCCGACAGCUUCAAUGUUCCACCACCACGACAAGUACUACAUCCACCGGUGCUGCUGCUCCAGUUGAUCACGACCUAAACUUUGAACUCUCUGAAGAAUGGGCUUCUACAGUACUCCUCCAAACAGCUAUCGCUAUCGUCAACAAGAACACUACUCGAAUCCAACACCUUAUGUGGGUGUUGAAUGAGCUUGGUUCUCCAUAUGGCGACAUUGAUCAAAAGCUAGCGUUCUACUUCCUUCAAGGCAUGUUCAGUCGCGUCACCGACUCAGGUGCCAAGUGCUACAGAACCUUGGCAGCAGCAUUGGAGAAACAGUCGUGUUUCGGGUCGAUGAGAAGAAUGGUGUUGAAGUUUGAGGAGGUGAGUCCAUGGAUGAGAUUUGGCCAUGUUGCUUCAAAUGGCGCCUUAAUGGAAGCUUUACGAGGUGAAAAGAAGUUGCAUAUAAUUGAUAUUCCUGGAAGUUACUCCUCAUUUUGCACUCAAUGGCCAACUUUUAUUGAAGCUUUGGCAACACAAUCGGACCAAACUCCGCACCUUACUCUAACAACCUUGGUUGCAGCCAAAUCGGAAGGAACCCUACGAGCUCAUAAGAAACUGAUGAAAGAAAUAAGUAGAAGACUAGAGAAAUUCGCAAGGCUUAUGGGAAUUUCCUUCAAAUUCAAACCCAUUUUCCACUACGGCGACGUUUCACACUUCGAUUUCACACAUUUACCCCUCAAACACGACGAGGCCGUCGCCGUCAACUGCUCCGGUGCCUUGCGCUCCGUCGCCCCCCUCCACAACCGCCGCGAUUUUCUCAUAUCCUUAUUUCGAUCUUUGCGGCCCAAGAUUAUCACCGUCGUAGAGGAGGAAGCCGAUCUCAACGCCGACGGCGGCGCCGACGACUUUUUCAAACACCUUCAGGAGUGUUUACGGUGGUUUAGGCUUUACUUUGAUUCCUUGGACGGAAGUUUCCCGAUCGUCACUGAUGAGAGGUUAAUGCUUGAACGCGCAGCUGGACGCUCCGUAGUGGACUUGCUUGCAUGCGGGCUGGCGGAAUCGGUGGAGAGGCGUGAGACGGCGGUGCGUUGGACGCGUCGUUUGCAUGACGGUGGUUUUAAACCGGUGUCGUUUAGUGAGGAUGUAAAUGAUGAUGUACGCGCGCUUUUGAGGAGGUACAAGGAUGGGUGGACAGUGAUGGACGGCGACGGAGCCGGAGCCGGGAUGUUCUUGGCUUGGAAGGGGCAGCCGGUGGUUUGGGCCGCCGCGUGGGUGCCUGGACAGGUAGACGGAGAGAAGACACACGUGUAAAUUUGGCCUUCGCACGUGCUUUAGUGUAUUAUUUAUUGAAAGACUAAAAUUUGAACGUGAGAUUUAAAUAAAGAAUUAAACUUGGCGAUCCCAUUUUUCCACUUUGGAUUGUUUUUUUUAAUACAAAUUGAGGGUGGAUUUGAACUUGAGACUUCUUAAUCCUCAAGUGCAUACAAA